AUGGUAAGCACAGAGUACAGAGGGGCAGCCAUCGAGGAGAGCUACUCAAAGUCCAUGAGCAAACUGGCCAAGACAGCAAGCAAUUGCAGUGCGUUGGGGACUUUUGCUCCGAUGUGGGAUGUGUUCCGAGUGUCUGCAGACAAACUGGCUCUUUGUCACAUGGAGCUGAUGAGGAAGAUGAACGACCUGAUCCGAGACAUCACCAAGUACGGAGAGGAGCAGCUCAAGACGCACCGCAAGACUAAAGAGGAGAUGGGGGCCACAGUGGAGGCAGUCCAGGCCCUGCAGGCUCAGGCCGGACACCUGCACAAGUCCAAGGAGGGCCACCAGGCCAAGUGUGUGGAGCUGGAGCGGCUCAAAAAAGAAGGGGCCCCGCACAAAGAGCUGGAGAAGGCGGAGCUGAAGUCAAAGAAAGCUGCCGAAUCAUUUGCAUUGUGCAUCGAAAAGUACAACCGUGUGGGAGCUGAGUUUGAGCAGAAGCUGAGCGAAUCGGCCCAGGUCAGAUUGCCCGUCUCACCGUAA